AAUGAACGAAAAUAAUGCUGAUCUGUAUGUUGUUUCUUUGAAGGGAAAAAAAUUAAUCUAUUGAUUUUACCUUGACUUUUGACCCUGGUAAUAAGUUUUGGCUUUCCUGAAUCGAACAUCUGCGACUUUAAAGCAGUGGUGAAAUGUCUGGCAUACGGUUUAUUUUCCAUAUUGAAAAGGUAAUAAGAACUUGGUGCUCGGUGUGAAACUGUGUCCAAAGAAUUAUUCCUCUUCAACCGCCUGCAUAAGAUGAUUGUGAAGAUGAGUCGAAAUGUCUUUCCUGAAAGGCUUAACUGAAAAUGUAGCUGAACAAUUGAAGGCAGUGGAACGUUUGCGCCAUUGGCUUUUGGAGAAUCUACUUACAGAAUCCUCAACUGAGGAAGAUAUUGGUUUGCUUUCUCCGGAAAACUGCAGCUUUUCCAUUCAAGCAAAGAAUGCCAGCUGCCCAAGCCUAACAGUUGAUAUUAACUCACCAUUUCCUUUGAUACCAAGAGUAAGAAUUUCAAUCGUGUUCAUGGCGUAUUGGCCUUUUCAUACGCCUUGAUGACUAAGCAGCUUAUUUACGCUAUGGGAUGGAAUGAAUUUUUGCUUUGCCUUUAUUACUUGUAAUGUUUACGUAACCAUCAAUCCAACAGGAACCAGGUAAUUACUGGAGAAUAGAAUUAGAGUUCGUGCACGUAAAUUGGUCCUUAUUGUGUUUCCGUUCGAGAAAAACAGGUUACUUGGUGUUUGUCUUUCUUGAUAAGAAUUCAGCAUAAUGGAGUUGUAAUCUCUACUUCAUCAUCUAUCUGAGGAUCAAUAAAUCCAUCCAUUCACCAUCUCCAGGUCUCCUGGAGAUAUUGAAGAUAAAAUAAUGAAAGCAAAGAAUUGCUAGGAUCAAAUUUAAAAUAAAGUUCAACUAAAGCUAAACAGAGAUGGCAAAUUUAGGGUUGUUGAAGUAUAUGAUAGUAUCUGGGGAUAAAAACCAAGUGCCUAGACAUAACUUCAUAACUUGGCUGUGUUUCAGGAAAAGAUUGGUUACCAUGGAUAGAUUGGUGAAGCGGGGAGUUAUAUCUGUACACACUUGUGAAUUUUGUCAAAGUUGCCCUGAAUCUAUUCCUCAUAUAUUUCUUGCUUGUCACUUCUCUAAGGAAGUUUGGAAUACUGUUCUCAGCUUGUGGUAUCAGAAUAAGUGCCUUCUCUUGGCAAUGAGAAAUCUCCUGGUUCUGUCAAAAAGCCAGGGGAAAAUCACUUCUCAGAAGAAUGAGAAGAUCUGCUUUUGUUUCAGCUAUCUACUCCUUAUGGCAGGCUAGGAAUAUGAUUUAUUUUCAACAGAAAAGAGUUCAACCUGUAGAAGUAUUCUAUAAAAUAAGGGAGAGUAUCAUGUAUAGGUUCUGGGAUGAGAGAUAUAGUGAUUCUAGUGCAGCAAUUCUUUUAAUCACUAGUAUUAUACAGCAGAAGGAUCUCGGUCUCUCUCGGUUGAGUUCACCAUCACCAUCAGUUUAUGUUCUCAAAUGCAAGAAAUCAAUUUUCAAAAGAAUAGUAGCAGUCGUGUCCCCUCAGCAAUCAGAGCGCAAGCCUGCCACCACUGGCUCUGUGAAGAAUGCAAUGACAACGACAGAGAAAAUCUUGGCCAGGGCAUCUGAGAAGCCUCAGUUGGGCCCAGGUGAGAAUGUUUGGGUAAACGUUGAUAUCUUGAUGACCCAUGAUGUUUGUGGCCCAGGUUCUUUUGCAAUAUUCAAGAGAGAGUUUGGAGAGAAUGCUAAGGUUUGGGACCAUGAGAAAGUUGUGGUCAUACCAGAUCAUUAUAUAUUCACAGCUGAUAAACUUGCUAACCGAAAUGUGGAUAUAUUGAGGGAAUUCUGCCUGGAACAAAAUAUAAAGCACUUCUAUGAUAUCAAGGAUAUUAGUAACUUCAAGGCUAAUUCAGAUUACAAAGGGGUAUGCCAUAUUGCACUCGCCCAAGAAGGUCACUGUAGGCCAGGAGAGGUUCUGUUAGGGACAGAUUCUCACACAUGCACUGCUGGAGCAUUUGGCCAAUUUGCUACUGGAAUUGGUAUCACUGAUGCAGGUUUUGUUUUGGGCACAGGAAAGCUCCUGCUCAAGGUGCCACCAACUCUGAGAUUUGUAAUAGACGGAGAAAUGCCUGAUUAUUUGCUUGCAAAAGACUUGAUUUUGCAAAGUUUAAGCAUGGAAGAGCGGAUGACAUUAUGUAACAUGGUUAUUGAAGCUGGAGGAAAGAAUGGGGUCAUCCCUGCUGAUAGCACUACAUUCAAGUAUCUUGAGGAUAAGACAUCUGUUCCCUAUGAACCAGUUUACAGUGAUGAGCAAGCAAGAUUCCUUUCAGAGUACAGAUUUGAUAUCUCAAAAUUGGAACCCUUGGUCGCAAAGCCUCAUUCUCCAGACAAUCGUGCUUUAGCAAGAGAAUGCAAAGAUGUGAAAAUUGACAGGGUCUACAUUGGAUCCUGUACUGGUGGAAAAACAGAAGAUUUUACGGCUGCAGCAAAAGUUUUUCUUGCUUCAGGUAAAAAGGUCAAGGUUCCCACUUUUCUUGUCCCUGCAACCCAGAAGGUUUGGAUGGAUGUAUAUAGCAUCCCAGUACCAGGAUCUGGUGGCAAAACUUGCUCACGGAUAUUCGAAGAAGCUGGUUGCGACACGCCGGCAAGUCCUGGCUGCAGCGCUUGUAUGGGAGGCCCUAGAGACACCUAUGCACGCAUGAAUGAACCAAUGGUUUGUGUCUCAACAACCAACAGAAACUUCCCCGGUCGGAUGGGACACAAAGAAGGUCAAAUAUAUCUUGCUUCUCCGUAUACAGCAGCAGCAUCUGCUUUGACUGGUUAUGUCACUGAUCCAAGAGAGUUCUUGCAGUAGGCUAUUGUUGCUGUUUACUCUUCAUCAUGGUAGAGCCAAUAUGGAUAUCUGAGUCUGUUGUCUGAUCAUUUCACUAUUAUGUUGGUACUGUGUAUGCAAUAAAUCAACUUCUAAUUUGUCUGCCUGCAUGGCCCUUGUAAAUUUCCUUCUUGGGUUGGUAGAUUUGGGUCCAUAUAAAAGAUUGGGAGGAAAAAGAAAAGAAAAAGAGAAAAAGGUCAUCUUCUAUGUCUGUAUGUCUAGCAUGCUUAACAACAAUCUAGUAUUGUAGUAUAAUGAUUCCAUGAAAUGUUUCAGAAUUGUGCAACUGUAAA